AAAAGUGAGGUUAACGUAAGGUAUGUCAAAAUGUCGACGACCUAAGUUAAGACGAAUUAUGUAUAUAUGUAUAUGAAAUAAGGAAUUUCUUUUUAAAUACUCAUUUGAAUGGCCGUAUGUAGAAAUUUAGUUUUAUUUACUUUUAAUAAGAUAUGAAUCAAAACCCAUUUGGGCUGGGCAAACACAAAAUACAACCUAUGGUGUGCCCCUUAGUGCAUUUGGGCUACAAUAAUGGGACUAAUAAGAACAUAAACGGGGCCUUGGACGAAGAUAACUACAAUUCCAUGCAAAAUGACCACUAUACUGCCAACAAAAAACCUAUGCAAAUGAACAGCAAUAAUCUUAACACAAACUCUACAUAUUAUUAUUAUGACCAACACAAUGACUCAUAUUCAACAGAAGAACUUAACUACAACAAAACAUUAGAAGAAUCAAAUACUCAUUUAAAAAAUCUAGAUCUGUCAAGUGAAAACGAUGAUUUUGCUAUGAAUCUAAGAAAAUCCUGCUUGAACUCGAAUUAUUGGGAAGAAGAAAGAUGCUGUGAUAAAUUAAAAAAGACCAGUUCUAUAUUAGGAGAAACUGUACAAAAAAAUUACCUAAAACUAAGCAAAUUUAACCCUAACGUCGACCAGGGCUAUCACACUUUGGUGUCCACCAGCCCAGGGCCCCUACUAAGUUACUCUGCUUGGACUGACGGGCAAAAUCCCUACAAAGGCAAGAAAAACCACAGUAAAAACAACUCCUUUGACCAUCUAUCAGACAAGAUUCUUGUCAGGAUAUUCUCCUUCCUAUCAAGCGUGGAUCUCAGCAUAUGCGCGCAAGUCUGCAGGAGAUUCGAAAUAUUAGCAUGGACGCCGAUAUUGUGGCGCAUCAUACGCCUAGAAGGCGACAAAAUAUGCGGAGACAAAGCUGUCAGAGGCGUUUUACGACAACUAUGUGGCCAGGGCCGAACAGGCGCCUGCCCAAGUGUGGAAAGGGUCCACGUAACCGACGGUGCCAAACUAUCAGACAAAAGCCUGCUACUACUUUCAAGAAGAUGCCCUGAACUCACUCAUUUACAACUACACGGCUGUCUUACUGUCACAAACAAUGCAUUAUUCGAAAUCGCCACUCGAUGUGCCAAUUUACAGCAUCUAGAUGUUUCAGGAUGCAUUAAGAUUUCCUGCAUAAGUAUUAAUUCCGGCCCUGAACCUCCCAGAAGGUUGCAGCUUCAAUAUUUAGACUUGACUGAUUGCAUAGCCCUGCAGGACAGCGGCCUAGAAGUUAUUGUACAUAAUUGUCCACAACUUGCUUAUUUUUACUUAAGGAGAUGUAUGCAAAUCACCGAUGCUGGUUUGAAGUUUGUGCCAAGUUUUUGCCAUGGUUUGCGCGAGUUGAGCGUGAGCGACUGUUCGAACAUAACCGAUUUCGGUUUGUAUGAGUUGGCCAAGCUGGGCGCGACUUUGAGGUACCUCUCGGUGGCAAAAUGCGACCAGGUGAGCGACGCAGGUUUGAAGGUUAUUGCGAGGAGGUGCUAUAAGCUGCGUUAUCUGAACGUGAGAGGUUGCGAAGCUGUUUCCGACGAUGCCAUGACUGUUUUGGCGCGAUCCUGUACGAGGUUGAGGGCUUUGGAUAUCGGGAAGUGCGAUGUGAGCGAUGCCGGGCUUAGGGCUCUGGCGGAAAGUUGCCCCAACUUAAAGAAGUUGAGUUUGAGGAACUGCGAUUUGGUUACGGACAGGGGUAUACAUUGUAUAGCCUACUACUGCAGAGGUUUGCAGCAGUUGAACAUACAGGAUUGCCAGAUUUCCUUGGAAGGAUACAGGGCCGUCAAGCAAUACUGCAAGAGGUGCGUCAUCGAGCACACUAAUCCUGGAUUUUUUUAAUAUAUAUUUUUUUAUAUAGAUUAGUUUUUAUAUUUUUAUAUCUUU